AUGCAAGGUCACGAAUCGACGUCAGAGCCUGAUCGUUUUCCGCGGGAAGAAUUUUCUUUUUUACCACAUGUUGUACAACUCCUUGAUAAAGUUUCUUCUGGCAAAAAUGAACUUAAAGAAAAGUUUCAACGAUGCCACCAAAUUUUACAAGAAUUACCUGGUGCUGACUUAUCGCGGGAAGAACAAGAAGCGCUAUUACGAGCUGAAAAUGCAUUACUUGAACAAAAAAGGUAA